CGGAGGACCAAUUCACAAAUUAACAUAAAUAUACACCCAUAAUGUAAAAAAGUAAAAUAAGGUGAACCAGAGGUGCAAAAAUAUGCGAGGGUUACUUGAGAAAACAAAAACACCAAAACCGUAAAACGGAACACCCAAAACCUCGUUCACUCUUCCAACAAUACGCAUACAAUACAACAAGGAAGAUCGUUCGUUCCCUUUUCGUAGUUAUCCCGAUUUCUUCAAUUUCUUAAACAGCUCCAACCUAUCGACAAAACGUGACACGGUGAAAAGAUCUCAGUUUUGCACCCUCAGCAGUUUCACAACUUUUAUGGAUUUUGUGAUAGUGGAUUCGGACAAGGGAAAUGAAGCAGAACAUAGCUGUCUAGAAGAGAGUACAAGUAUAUUUGAAGGAGUUGACGUUCAAGAGCCAUAUGUGGGCUUGGAAUUUGAUUCUGAAGAAGAUGCUAGGAAAUUUUAUGUUGAAUAUGCUAGACGGGUAGGAUUUGUUGUACGCAUAAUGCAACGACGACGUUCUGGAAUAGAUGGGAGGACUCUUGCUCGCCGGCUUGGAUGUAACAAACAAGGAUUCUCACCAAAUAACAAGGGAACAUUGGGACCAGAGAAAAAGCCAAGACCUAGUGCGCGAGAAGGUUGCAAGGCAACAAUUUUGGUGAAGUUGGAAAAAUCAGGAAAAUGGGUUGUCUCAAGAUUUAUAAAGGAUCACAACCAUCCCCUAAUUGCCACAGCUAAUGGGUUCAGCACAGCGGGUGAUAAAGAUAAGAAAAUUGCAGAACUUACUAUGGAGUUAGAGCGCCAAGAUCAACUGUGUGCUGCAUAUCGAGAAAAACUGCUCAGCUUCAUAAGCAAUGUUGAGGAGGAAACAGUGGAACUGUCCACAAAAAUUCAACUCAUUAUUGAAAAUAUAAGGACAGCUGAGUCAGAAAUGAAAAAAUGUUCCCAGAACAGAAAGCCUUGGUGCUUAACCCGAGUGUAUAAAUGAAUGAAUAUAGUAAAUAAUACCUAUAGUACUCCUUUACACAUUGGAAUCUGUUCUUUGCACCUCCCUUUUCCUUCUCAAGAGGACAGGGAAAGGUGUGUGGUACCUAAAAGUACCAUACAACUGUUGAGUUAUGCAGGGAUUAUGUUGAGAGAAUGAAACCGUAAGGCACCAAACUUUUGUAGAAGGAAUGGAGUACUAGCUACCUACUUAUCACUAAAUCCUUAAAAAAAAAAAAGAAAAAAACAAGAAAAGGUUCAUGACUUUACAACUUUAGUGUAGUGACUGUAUUUGUAAGAUAACAAUUUCUUUCGUUUUAGGUUUCUUGAAUCAAGAGCUUCAGUUUUUGGGUC